CCCGUAAAACCACCACACCUACAGUUUUUAUGCAGGUUUGGCAAAGCCGUCUCAGUAGUCAAUUGCUCUGGCGACUGAGAAACGUGCUCCCCCAGCAAAGGAGUAGACAAAAGUAAAAGGAAGAUCAAAUGUGCGACAGCCCAGACCAGGGAAAAGAUGACCUACUCUGAAAUUUUGAAUUUGGUAACCCGCAACCUGAACGAAAAAUUAAAGAGUGUUGGUGAAAGUGUGCGACGCGAAAAGUGUACAGCAAAAGGAGCACUCUUGCUAGAGCUCAAUGAUGCUACUCUGGAGAGCACGCAGCAGCUGCGUGAUAAUAUCGCCUCUGCUCUUGAAGGAAAGGUGGAGACACGGGCUCUGACUCAACAAUCAAGACGGAAUGUUCUCGAUUUGGACGAGAUGGUUACCCCAAAGGACCUUAGAGAGCCAAUCAGUGAGCAACUCGGCGUCACACUCAACACGAACGCUAUAAGAAGCCUACUACAUGGUUAUGGUGGCACACAACGAGCUAUUAUUACCCUUCCAAUGACUUAAGCAAAAGCGGUACUGGCAGCUGGCAAGGUUAGGAUUAGAGAUGGGCACAGGCCUUCUUUUUGAGGCCCGGUCCGGCCCGGCCCGACCCGGUCAUAUUUUCAAAAAGGCGCGGCCAAUUUCCAAUAAAUUCUUAAUUUAUUUCCAAAA